AAAAAUAUGAUGUGUUUGAAUUAAGUGUUGAAUACGAGUACCCAGGAUUUUCACUGAUCUGAAAACGGUUCCUUUCCAGCGGUGCAGAAACCCAGCCAUCACAGCUGCUGUCCCGAACGCGCCGCCAGCUCUCUGACGUGCUUUACUUGGUUCACUUGGUUUUGUUAAUUUUUUUACAAAGAAUCUUUAUGCAUACACACACUAUACAAUCUGACAAAAAAUAUUUUUCUAAAACCGUACGCCAGUCAUUGCAAACAGUGGUGUCUGAACUGUGUUUUCUGAAAUACAGGUGAAUUGGUUAGUGGAAUUCUUAUGCGCAUUACAGGUAGGGUGUAGCCCACUGUACGACUGUGUUCCUUGUUUUACAAUGGAGGGGGUUCUGCUGAAGUGGACCAAUUACUUUUCAGGGUGGCAGCCUCGUUAUUUUGUGCUGAAGGGGCUCUUCCUGACCUACUACCUGUCUAAAGAGGACGUUGGUAAGGCCAUCGAGGGGAGCAUGAAGAUGGUGCUGUGUGAAAUCAAAGUGCAUCCUACAGAUGUCCAACGCUUUGACCUGCACUACCCAGGAGAGCAGAGUGUGUGUCUGAAGGUGCAGAGUUCGGGGGACAGGCAGCGGUGGCUGGUGGCGUUGGGUUCAGCCAAAGCCUGCCUCAUAGACAAGCGCCCCGAGGCAGAGAUGGAACUGACGCAAAGCAACAACGGUCUGAGGGUGAAGAGGUCUGAGCUGCAGCUCUGCUGCCACCUGCUGGUGGAGCAGGUGCAUGCGCUUCAGGGCUGUGUCCAGCCCUUGGAGAACCAAGCCCAGUCCCUGUUAGCUGUGUCCUCCGCCCUCAGAAGGACUUGCUCAAGGUUCCUGGGAACUCCUGAGGAGUGUGGGAACAUGUGCAGCUGUGAUACUGUCCCUCAACCGUGCGCACUGGCACCCCCCGUCUCCCACUGCGCAGUGGGCUGCCCCAGGCAGCAGCUCAUGUUCCCAUUGACUUUCACUGCCAGACAGACAGAUGGCGCUGUUGCAGAAAGGCCGGUGCUGUUGGGUUUGGGGGCUCAGAGUGGUCAGACAGUGAAGAGGAAUAUUGAACAAAUGGCUACAGUCCACAUACAGAGACGUCAUAUCGGCUGUACUGGCUGUAUUGGCCACCAGGGGGCGCCUCUCACACCUUCAAACAACGGGGUGUCAGACAGCAGGAAUGACACGUACAGGAGAGGGGGGGUGUUUCCGGAAGUGACGGACCGUGGAUUUCCACCAAUCACUGCCCGAGCCAACCUGCAGGGAGGGGGGGAAGGAUGUGGGGUGCACUGCAGAGGACACGUCGAGUGACUGCACCCCAAAUUACCCUUGGUGUGCUGCAUGGAUGAUACAGCACAAAGCACCACUCUCACUGGGGAGAGAGUCGUGAGGGGUUGGGUUGGGUUGGGGUUUGGGGGGUUGGGGGGGGGUUUGGGAUUGAGAAUAAAUAACUGAGACUUUUACCAAGAAACUGCUAAUGCCCUGGAUGUUUACACAAAGCAGUCUGAAAGCACUCUACGUUACACGGAGGCAUUUUGCAGACACUUUAAUCCAGGGCGACUUUUACAGGAGUGGAUGUAAUUAAGCCACUUGCUUAAGUGCAAACGAUUUUUACCCACAUUAGACGCAGCGAAAUGACUGAUCCGUUAUCCGGCUGAGCCUUCAGACGAAACUCAGUGUAAUCCUGCCAGUGCACACACACAGCACAGAGACUGACCCAACCCCAGAGGGCCUGGAGCGGGAUUUUGGGUAAUGUGUCUCUUUAAUGGUCCUUCGAUUCUCAGACUUCACAGGGACACGUACAGAACAUCUCACAUAUUAGUUCACUCACAGGUAACAGCAUGUAAAUGAGGAAAAAAAUAAACCAUCAAACCAACAAUCAAACAAGAUCAUCAGUCUUCUCAUUGUGAACACCGUUCAGCACUUCAUUUGUAAAACUUUUUUCCCCCCAUAUUGAACAUUUAUUCCUUUACACGUACAGUAUAUGUAAUUUUGCAAUUAUGGAAUCAAGACUCGACCCCUGAGAGAUCAGGAUGAUGUCAUCCAUCACCCCUGCUCCUAAAGGUUUACACACAUAGAUGAGGCUGAAGUAGAAAAUGCAAGAAGAGCUCAUUUGAAUUUUAAAUAAGCUAUUUAAAAUUAAAAAAAA